CGACAGUUCCUCAUCUCACUUUUCCAUCCACUGGACGAGGCCAUUUCUGCUAGUUUUGUCAAAUCCUCUCCUCUGCAUCAGAUGCAUGUAACCCCUAGAUACCAAUCUGCGCCCAAAAGUGCCAGGUCUCUCCGGACAGGGUUCACCCAGCGGCGGACAUAUCCUUGUGGCUCCAAUCCCGCUUCCAGGGUCUACAUACACUGGUACCAGGGCUCUCAUGCCACAGAAUCAGAAAAUUCUGUUUCAGGUCCUUUGUUGUAAAAGUUUUCUGCAGUCGGCUCUUACUCAUUCUGCUUCUCAUUAAUACCUCCGUCUUGGUAAGAGCUGCGCUAUUCUUGUUCCUGCAUACAUCUGCCUUGUGCUUUAAAUCUUUAUCCACAUACCAGGUUCGACGUCAUACAUCUUUUGCACCAAAUGCCUGACCUUGCGCUCCUUCUUCAUUGAUGGGAUCGCAACUAUAAUAUCUGUUUAGCAUCCUUGCGCACUCUAGCCCCUCCUCUUGGGACUGUCAGGGCGUCAGCCUUCCAGGACUGCCAUGCUCAGUCCAUGUUAUGUCGCACAUGCUGAUUACAAGUCGCUCAGAGAGACGGUCGUAUCGUAUGUCGACUGAAAAGGAUCCACCAAGAGAAAGGUCGGCCAAUACCGGUAAUGACAGGGAGGGGAGGAGGAGGUCCGUUUGGCAUAUGCCAGUGUUGACUCCGAAGUCCCACAGUCCAGACGAUGCUUUUCAACAGGACAGACAAAUCGAGAAGGUACCCCCUGAUGGGCCGCCGCUUGACAUGAAACCUGUGCUCGGGAAGGGCUACUCACUUAGUCAUUCUCCCGAAGAUGCGCGGGCUUGGCUUCUUAACUUCGGUGACUUCAAGUCAGGUACAGAUGUCUCACUCAAGUUUGUCAGUCCUAGGGAUGGCACACAUUCGCUACUGUCGGUUCUGAAUCGAUGGCUUCCAGUGUGGUCAAGCCUAGCCGACAAGGCAAGAAAAGAAAACAAGAACUCGCGGUCGGCAUCCCUCAAAGAGUCAAAGAACCUGGAUUGGCUGCUUCGGUAUAUCUAUGAUUAUCUCAAUCUCGGCCACAGCUCCCUUGAUCCGCUCGAACUAGCGCAAACUGUUGAUGCUAUCACUACUCUUUGCCUGAAUGCUAGCAGGCACGCUGACAUCAACAGCGGGAUCAAUGUUCUGUAUGCCAUUGCGUCUCAUUUUGAGUUCCCAAAGUCAGGUCUCGAACAAAGCCUGGUGGUGCUGUGUGCUUCUGCCGCCAACUUGCAAGAAGCACCUGACCACUUAUUCGACUGCACUAGGCUCCUCGCGACUGGUCACCUCAGCAGAGAAGUCAUCAGCACUCUCUACGCUUUUGUCCGAGUACCCACGCGAGAAAACAACAGUAAGAAUCUAUCACACGCCAGGGGAGCAUCACGACUCCUCCGAAAUUUACUCGAUGAACCAUCAGAAAGCGGUCAUUUUGCCAUCAACCCACAGGAAUUUGUCGAGCAACUUCAUUUCGCAGCCAGCCAAGGUAUCUUUCGUUUCUGCCAUGACAUACUCGGCUCCUUGCAUGCUGUCCUUGGCCCACACAGGCCAAUAGACAUAGAAGCCCUCGAUUUCAGCAAAGUCAUGGAAAUUGUUCUUAUGUGUUUGGAAAUGACACCAUCCGGAGGUCCCAGUGGCCAAUCACCAAUCAUCAGCCCCAAUGAGGACAAGGAUCGAUCAUAUGACAGACAUUAUCGAGAUCGAGAAGCGAUGAUGAGGAGAUUGUCCCAUGACUUCUAUUGGAUUUGGGAGCAACUUUCUCCUACAAACCAAGACGCUAUCAACGAAUUUUUCCUCGACUAUCCACGUUUCGCCGACACGGAGCAAAUGCACAGGGCACUGAGGUUUGCCGAGGACAAAUAUUUGGGGCUAGCUGAUCAUGAAAAGAAAUUGCAGCACAUCCAAGAUCUCUUUGAGCGGGCGGUGCAGGAUCCACAGAUUGCGCCUGCGUCUCGCAUCACCGGAAUACAAGUACUCGUCCAGGCCAGCAACAUCUCGUCAGCCGCCUCGCAGUCUAUUGAUCAAGCUAAUGAAGUAUAUACAUGGAUGCUUGCUAAAUUGCUGGAUCAAAUAGGAGUCGAGCGAGAUGGCCAAGUGCUUGCAGCGUUGUUGAUUGCUUUGGAAGACAUGGCAUGCAGCCAUGAGGAAGCAGCUAAAGUGCCAGCGUCAACUAUGCGUAUUAUCGACAAAGUCAAAACCAUCGUCCUGUCCGGCUCUUCAGGAAGCAUCUGUACUGAUGAGCUUGCCGUCAUAGCCACCAGGAUCCUCGCGACGAUAUUCUGUUACAGCAUUCAUCUUAACCCAAAUGCUGCUGUUGAAGGGUUUGAUGUAUUGCAGCAGAUUGCCGGUUCAUCAUGCAAAUUCCGCUCGGCUCGGCUCGUUGCCAAACGUCUUCUCUUUCGUGUCAGAGCGGAUGAAGCUGGGUUCAUUUAUAUCAACGGCGCUAGUGAAAGUGAGUACGUCGCGAGCGCACUCUUGCGCACUCGGGAUUCCGCAGACGUCUUUCAUUACGAGGUUCCUGCCUCACAGCGACAUUCGGCAAGCAGUACCAGUUUGUCUACAAAGUCAGACGUUCACGACCCCAUGUGGUUAUACCCGGACACGGAAGAUGUCACGUUUCCCUUCACUGACCGCCCGUCGAGCUCUCUCAAUGUCGACGUCUCUGCACACCCAGAAGUCCAAGCCGAACUUGAUAUGGAUACCUGGCUGAUGAACAUCAUCAGGUGUCUUCAAGCCGACACAGACUGGGAGACUUACAGCUAUACCAUCAUACAUUUCGCAGCACAGUUGAGCAAUAUAGCGCUAUUUCUCAACUCCAUGGAGGCUGUUGUCAAGCUUCGACAAGUGCUAUGCGAGCAAAUGGUCAACAACACCUUCCGAGAAGCGCCUCACACGACUGGACUCAAGAAGUCAGACGUCGCGUUGUGCCUCUUCAAUAUCCUGAACCCCUUGAUUGCAUACGCCACUAUGAAACAUGAAGCUGUACAAAAGGGUUUCGGAGACGACCUUGUCCGGGCCUUUCUCUCUGGCAUUGGCGGCGCUUGGGAAGGUACACCGCGGCCGUGCAUUCAUGCCUUGUCGAUCUGCAGUCUCGAAAUUCCAUCGUCUGUAGCGUCGCUGUACCCUACCAUCAUCGACAAAAUGUCGAAGAACAUGACGCAGGCUCAUCUUACCGCGCAUAUCCUGGAGUUCCUGAUCCAUAUGGCACUGUUACCUGAAAUGCAUUCAAAUCUCAAUACAGAUGAGAUCCAAAUAAUUUUCGGCAUUUGCAUUCAAUUUCUGGAGAAGACACGUGAACAACACUCGUCGUCCAUCACGUCCCCUACGGGCAGGCUGAAUCUGACGGCGAGGCACAGUGGGAUGAACUUCCGUCGGCCGCCAUACCGAGCGUCGAUGUUGACGGAUAUUGGUCUGCCUCAAUAUGCUGCUGCGCUUGCCUAUCAUGUCAUCAUUUUCUGGUUCCUCUCACUGCGACUCGAGAUCAGAGCCAAAUAUGUCUCGUGGAUUGUGGCAAGACUGAUCUGGAAGAACUCUCAGGGUCAAGAAACCAUUGACGAGCAAAGCCAGGUUUUGAUUGACAUGAUGCAGAGAACUGCUUUCUCUGAUCUGGGAGAGACUGCACCGCAAGCAGAUUUCGCGGGUCCCGAAGACGGUCCGGUAUCUUCUGCAUCUUGGAUCGUAGGUUUGAGUGUGAUCAGCGCCCAAACCGCCGGGCACACUGGAAAGACGCAGAUCAUCAAGCGUCAGGCUUCAGGUACAACAUAUGCACGAUAUCAGCAAUUGACGAGUCGGGUGCCAUCUCACCAUGCGCCCAGCCGGACAGAGAUUCGACAUCAUGAGGCAACGACUGAAAUGUUACCCUCGCAUAUUAUCCUACAAAUGGUUGCCAGUGCCGCAACCACCAACAUCGCUGAUCAGCCAAUACUGUUACCCGAGGAAGACUUUGUCCGGAGGGGCCUCGAGUCCUUUGAUCGCAUUCCGACAGUCUCUAGCCACAAGAUUGGCAUCCUUUUUGUCGGAGAAGGCCAAUCUACUGAAUCUGAGUACCUUGCGAACACGAGUGGCUCUCGAGACUAUGGAAGAUUACUCAAUGACCUUGGUUACGUUGUUUCACUGCGGCCACCUCUGCAUUAUAAUCCUCAAGGUCUGGAAUACCCUCGCGACGGAGAAAGCACGAUAGCUUGGCGGAAUCGUGUGGACGAGAUAGUCUACCAUGUGCCAACUAUGAUGCCGACAGACCUGGAGGAGGACCCUUACUGUGUCGCCAAAAAGGCACACGUUGGGAACUGUCAUGUGAACAUCAUCUUCAAUCGGUCCGGAAUCCCGUGGAGCUUCGACAACUUCAAGUCUCAAUUGAACUAUGUCAAUAUUGUUGUUAGACCUGCUUGUCGAGCAAGACAAACACCAGAUCCAGAUUUUAUGCCUGGGUUCUACUUGGUUCGGGUGAUCACCAGAGACGACCUCCCAAAUAUAUCACCAGCAGCGGACCCGAAAAUCAUCUCAGCGGCCCAACUAGCUGGAUUUGUGCGAGGUGUGGCGUUGAAUGCAAGUUAUUUCUGUCAGUGCUGGAAUACAAAAGACCUCGAUUCGGAAUUCCCCAGUGGUUGGCGGGCUAGAUUACAACAGAUCAAGAGGUUGAGAGAAAGAGUGAUGAACAAGUCCGCCGAAAAACAGGCGGUAGCAGCUUCUUCGGGUACUAUUACCAGCGUUGUUCCAGGGACUUCGGGUGGAAGAAGGACGCCCGUGCCUCGAGAAGAAGCAGGUGGUCCUCGCCGAGACGGGGCAUUGGCUUCUCAGCUGGAUUUCAGUUCAUGGACGGUUCAAAUGGAUGGGGGCCCCAAGUUCGGGCCAUGAAGGACAUGACUUGUUACGGAUGACAGAACAUGGAUAGCACGGUGUUGGGGACUUGGAAUUGGACUGGAAAAGCUCUGCUCUAUGGGAAGGCAUUUUGAAUUGACUUGCGUAUGUAUAAGCAAAAGUUGAACAAUAAGAAUCAUGGACGCCCCAAGGCAACCAGUAUUUCAUUUUACAGGUGCUGCCCUUGGGGAGCCAAGGG